AUGAGUCGUUCACCUCGUUUCAAUGUCAACGACAACAACGAUGACCAAAAGAACAAGAAGUACAAACAAAAACUCACCACAAUACACUUUUCUUUAUUUCCCCCACAAAAAAAUAAAUUCACCACACUAUAUCCCACCCCGAACACAAUACACACCACCUACACAGAAAUGUUGACCUCUGCUGAUAUUGAACACGGCAAAGUUGAAUAUGACGAAAAGACCGGCGUCAAGGUUGAAUAUUUCAAAAUCGAUGGUGGCUAUCAGGUCAAGACCACCACACCCCAACCUGGUGGUGGCUGGAAAUCCUCCACUCAAACUUUCUACGAUCCCAAACCCGUGACCGAAGAAGAAAUGAAGAAACAACAGGAGGCCAAGAAAUCGGUGAUGAAGCGCAUGAACAAAGAAAUUCGCAUCGAUGAGAGAACCACCAUGUUGACUCGUGCCAUCGAAGGUGGCUAUGAGGAGGUCUACACCACCGUCAACGAGGACGGCAGCAAGAGCAUCAAGACCAAGACCAUCUUUGAUGCCGUUCCCGAGGGCACUCCCUUCCCCGAUGCCGCCCAAUACAAACCCCAAGAUGUCCAAAAACCCGGUGCCAAGAAAAAUGUUCUCCGCAAGGCCUCCAUUGAAUCGACCGAUUCCACCGAUAGCCGUAAAAUGGUACAAAAGACCCAAAAGAACACCUCCACCAUUGAGGAGUCUCGUCGUGUCACCCAAAACUACGAGAUGACGGAAAACAAUCGUACCGUCCGCAAGAACUCCAUCCAAACCGAACAGUCCAUCAAGUCGAUCACCUCGUCCAAUGUCAACGACAACACCGAUGGCCAAAAGAAGAAGAAGGUCGUCAAGAAGGUCAACAAGACCCAAGCUCCACCACCACCAGCUGACUUUGUUCAAAACGAUACCACUUCCGUGUCCACCAAACACGUACCCGGUGGUGUUGAGUACACCUACACCACCCAAUUGGAAUCGGGCAAGACCAUCACCACCUCUAAGACCGUUUACGAAGAGGAAGAAAGUGAAUUGACCGAAGAGGAAAUCAAGGCCUACAAGAAGACCUUGAAGGAAGCCGAGAAACAUAAAAAUGUCACCACCACCAAGAAACUGAAAUCGGAAUCUGGCACCAAGAAGGUUGUACCCGGUGAAAAUCCCGGUGAUGUAACCACAGUUGAGACAAUUAAAAUCCAAGGUGGUACCGAAUAUCAUUACACCACUGUCACUGCUGAUGGUAUUGUCAAGAAGGCUGUUAAGACUGUCUACGACCCUGUUCCAUGCUCCAAUCCCGAUGAUUCCGAAGAAGAGGAAAUCAUCGAGGAAUAUGAGGAGGAAAUCAUUGAACCCGGAGAGAAGAACAUCAAGACUAUUGAGACCAUCAGGAGUUUGCCACAAAAGUUUGAAGAGGAAGUCACCAUCACCCAUGAGAAGAAGGAAAAAAAGACCAAGAAAACCAUGACCAUGGUCAGCCAAUAAACAACCAGCCCA